AAGCCCCAAAUCUCUCCGCUCAAAAUUCUUCGAGAGCAAAAAUUAAACGAGACAAAGGCACUAGGCACAGACCAAAAGCUCCACUUCCUCGCCACCCAAUCCUCUCAUCUCGUCCGGUGACCGAGAAUGGCGACGUUCGAACUGUACAGGAGGUCGACGAUCGGGAUGUGCCUGACGGACACUUUGGACGAGAUGGUACAGAAUGGCACUCUCCGUCCCGAGUUGGCCUUUCAGGUUCUUGUCCAGUUCGACAAGUCUAUGACUGAAGCUUUGGAAAAUCAAGUGAAAAGCAAGGUCACCAUUAAGGGACACCUGCACACUUAUAGAUUUUGCGACAAUGUUUGGACCUUCAUCUUACAAAAUGCAACGUUUAAGCACGAAGAAUGCCAGGAGAAUGUUGGCCGGGUGAAAAUUGUGGCAUGCGAUUCAAAGCUGCUCACACAAUGAGUUGUCCGAAGGUCAGUUGUAUGUUUAAUAAGGAGAAUUUCAAUUGUUGGCUGUAGAGGGCAAUGGUGGCAAGGAAGAAAGUGGAGUAUGUCUGAUUACCUGCAGGAACUCGUUUUACUGUCGGAAAUUGAAUAUUAAAUUGUAAAGCUAUCACCCUUGACCAUUGUAGUUAUUUCAUGUUACAUGGAUUAUGGUGUCAACCUCUUCUUUCUUCA